GAUUCCGCAGAUCAACCAUCCGAGCUACAUCCCUGAAGCUCGCCCAGAGCUUGCUGCGACAGGAUUCAACAAGCUUCACUUGUGGAAUCUCACUGCCUACGACAGAGUCAUUUACUUGGAUGCUGAUGCUUUCGUACUCCAGGAUGUCCGCUGGAUUUGGGACGCCAAAUACUGGCGGUAUCCCGUAAACAGCGUGGCGGAGCUCGGGGGGCAAAUGAAGGGCGGCUUUCUGGCUGUGCGACCUGAUGCCGCAACAUUCCACCGUCUGGUAAAGGCAUUGGAUCAGCCGAUACGAUUCGGCAACAACGAGAUGGGCUUCUUGAAUGCUGUCUUGAAGGAAGACUUCGGCAAAGUUCCUGCGGAGGAUCGUCUCCCUUCUAGACAGCACCUCUGCGCCGCACGCUGUGUGCUGGAGGACGGCGCCGUGCGGCUGGAGUUUGCGUACCAGCUGAUUGAAGCAGGCAUUAUGGACUUUCAGGGCAAAGCGAAACCGUGGUCUUGGCCUGCGUCGAUCCAUCAACAAUGCUCGUCUGUUGUGGCUUUUGCGGGAGUCUGGCAGGCCAUCUUGGUGGCUCCUGGACACAGAUGGGUCCGUUUCGUGCUGGAUCGGUUCGGCACGGAGCAGCGCCUUCUGAAUGUGAACCAACCGUCUCCUGAGCGCAUCACUCCCUUGGUGGAGAAGGUGCUGAAUCUCGCACUGCAGGUGCAACGCCUCCCGGGCACGUUCGCCUACAACCAAGUCUUCAGCUUACUUUGCGGCGCGGGCAUCUUGAACAAGCAUGAUGUUUGGUCAUACUUUGUGGAUACCACCAGAGCCGUGGAGUCGAGUGGGAUGGGAGAUUUCUGCCGGCGCUGGCGGAGCGCCAAGCAGGAGAGUGGGCCAUUUGUUCCGACGACACUCGAGCUGAGUGGAUGGGUGCCAGCCCAGGAGCUGAGUGUGGUGAUUCCGUGCACGCUCCGAGAUGCCAAGAGAAAGUUUGCCUUGCGCGACCUGCUUGAAACCGUGCUGGAGCAAACACUUCACCCUUUGGAGGUGGUUCUUGCUCUCUCCGAUGCCUCCACGGCAGAGGCAACAGCACUGGAAAGGAAGCUCACCCGAGUUCUUGGCUCGAUCCCCUUGAUUGUGGAUGCGGUGGAGGGUUCUGCAAGCGCUGCAGAGAACAGAGAUCGAGGCCUGAGAAGAGCUCGAGGGGACAUCCUGUCUGUGUUCGAUGCGGACGACCUCAUGCAUCCGCAGCGGAUAGAGCUCAUCAGCAAGGCCUUCUUCUCUACGCCGGGCCUCAAGAUGUUGCUGCACAGUUACUACCCACUCUUCAACAACAGCCAGAUUCGGACCUGUGUGCGGUACGACCUCACUGACCGUUUGCGUGUGUUGCCCAGCAGAGACUUGCUGAUGAUGGACCAGGUGAGCCAGGCCGUGCACAUGCACGACAUGGUCCACGAGAUCUUCAACUCGGGGGCUGCUAUGCGCCGGGAGGUUGUGGAGCAGUACACGUACAACGCCACACCCGAGGCGGCUACAAGGGAGGACGACUCCGGCUUCACGCGGGCAGUUGUUCGAGGCUACGGUGUGAAAGACCUGGCUAUGGAGGAGGGCGAGUGGGCACUGCCAGCUGGCUGCGUCUGGUUCGGUUUGUUGAGUGUUGCUCGAAACACCUGGGAACCAAAAGAGUAG